AUAUAUGUAUGUGUCUGUGUGUAAUAAGCAUUAGUCUAAGGCAAAACCAUGAAAGGUCUUAAUGUUGUUUGUAGCUUAAUCUUUUUAGCAUCUUUGUUAAGAGAAAGUCAUGCAGGUGAAGCAGAAAGUAAUGGUGUUUAUAUUGUGUAUAUGGGUGCUGCUGCUGCUUCAAGGGACAGCCAUAAUCUGCUUGUUAGUUCGUUGAUACGAAGGAAAAGGAAUGCAGUGGUGCAUAACUACCGAAACGCCUUCUUGGGAUUCGCUGCUCGUUUAACGAAGACCGAGGCACAAGAUAUUGCACGAAAACCAGGGGUUGUGUCGGUCUUUCCGGAUCCACUCUUCAAGCUUCACACAACUCGUUCAUGGGAUUUCCUGAAAUACCAAACUGGAGUCGAGGUCGACUUUAGAUCAAGCUCUACAUACACAAAUUCAGUUCCAAAUACACCUUCAGAUAUCAUCAUAGGCGUUUUGGACACAGGUAUCUGGCCAGAGUCUGAGAGUUUCAAUGACGAUGGUUUUGGUCCUAUUCCCUCAAAGUGGAAAGGAACUUGUAUGCAAAGUGAUGAUUUCACAACUAAAAACUGUAACAGGAAAAUAAUUGGAGCAAGGUAUUACAAAGGUGGAAGUGAUUUCAACACAUCAAGAGACAAGAACGGCCAUGGGACUCAUGUUGCUUCAACAGCUGCUGGCAACGCUGUAUCUAAUGCAUCUUAUUAUGGCCUUGCCACAGGAUCAGCCAAGGGGGGUUUUCCUGGUGCAAGGAUUGCAAUGUAUAAGGUAUGUGGAGUUAAGGGCUGCCUUGGAUCAGCUAUAAUGGGAGCAUUCGAUGACGCUAUAAAAGACGGUGUGGAUGUAUUAUCACUAUCUCUAGGUGCAUCAGCUGGAUACGGACCAAACUUUCAGAAUGAUCCUAUCGCCAUUGGCGCCUUUCAUGCAGUCGAAAAGGGGAUCACGGUGGUGUGCUCUGCAGGAAAUGAUGGCCCUGGUAGGGAAACAGCAGUCAAUAUUGCUCCAUGGAUCCUAACAGUUGCAGCUAGUUCCAUUGAUAGGGAUUUUCAGGCUGAUAUCACCUUGGGUGACAAAACAGUGAUAAAGGGUGGAGGCAUAAACUUCGGUAAUAUCCAAAGAUCUCCGGUAUACCCAUUGCUUUACGGGAACUUAGCCAAACGAAACAAUAGCAGCUAUGAUGAAAGUGAUGCGAGAAACUGCGUACCACGAUCAUUAGAUGCGAACAAAGUUAAAGGAUGCAUUCUUCUUUGCGAGAAUGAAGACGGAGUAUAUACAGCGAAAGAGAAGCUAGCAUUUGUUAAACUACUUGGUGCAACUGGGAUGAUUUUGAUUAGUGAUGAAGCAAGAGCAGUGGCUUCCUCUUAUGGAUCAUUUCCAAUGGCUUCAGUUGAUCUGAAUGAUGGGAGUAAGAUUGUAUCUUAUCUCAACACCACAAGGAAUCCGACGGCAACUAUUCUACCAACGGUAUCGGUGACAGAAUACAAGCCAGCUCCUGUAGUCCCCUACUUCUCGGCUAGAGGCCCUUCAUUUGCUGCAAAAGACAUAAUCAAGGCAAGGCAGCCUGAUGUUGCAGCACCAGGUGUGGCCAUUCUUGCUUCAUGGCCAGAAAACGACUCGGUAGUGACACUCGGGGGAAAGAGUUCUCCGCGUUUCUACAUAAUUUCGGGAACUUCUAUGGCCUGCCCACAUGUUUCCGGCUUAGCCGCGAUGAUCAAAUCUCAGAAUCCUAACUGGAGCCCUUCAGCUAUUAAAUCAGCAAUGAUGACAACAGCAAGCCAAACAAACAAUAUGAAGAAGCCAAUAACAACAAAUUCUGGCACAGACGCGACGCCAUAUGAUUUCGGUGCAGGGGAAGUGUCAUCGAGCCCAUUACAACCAGGACUUAUUUACGAGACUGGAACAAUUCACUAUCUACUAUUUUUGUGUGGCGUAGGCUACGACAUAACUACGAUCAAACUCAUCUCUUCUACAGUUCCUCCCGAUUUUUCCUGCCCCAACAAAUCGGUUGAUAACUCAGUGUCCGAUAUGAACUACCCAUCAAUAGCAGUUUCCAAACUUACUGAGAAAGAGAGCAGGCAAGUAAGCAGAACAGUAACAAAUGUUGAUGGUGGUGAAACAACUUACACUGUAUCAGUGGAAACACCAACUGGGUUGGAGGUUAAAGUUACACCAAACACAUUGCGAUUCACGGAAAGCAACAAACAACUAACGUACCAAGUGACCUUCACGUCCAACGGUAACUUGCCUGAAGAUAACUUUGGGUCGAUUACAUGGUCGAAUGGUAAGUACAAAGUGCGCAGUCCAUUUGUCGUGAGCAGUUCGUAGAACACAUUUCUGCAGAAGUAAUAGUCUUGAUGUAGCAGUUUAGAUAACAAAAUGACCGAUGAAUGUACAAGGACUUUCCCUACAAUAAACGUGAUUUCCUUGUGUCGGUUAA